AUGGGUGAUGAUGAUUAUUACAUGAGCGGCGGCAGCGAGGAGGAGGAGGAGGAUUACUAUGGGUCCGAUCAAGAGGCGGAGUCGCUCGACGGGCUCGAAAACGAUGAGUCCGAUGAUCGGUGGGCCCAGUCCAAAGCUCCGUCUUCAAAGAUAAUUACAAAAGAGUCUCUGUUGGCUGCUCAGAGGGAAGAUUUGCGAAGGGUAAUGGAUUUGCUAUCAGUGAGAGAACACCACGCCCGGACCCUUCUGAUCCAUUACAGGUGGGACGUUGAUAAACUGAGUGAAGUUUUCUCCGAUAAAGGGAAAUCUUGCAUGUUAUCAGAAGCUGGUGUGACCGGGGUCGAACUUAACGACCUAGAUCUACCAGAAUCUUCCUCCACAGUGAUGUGUAACAUCUGCAUGGAUGAAGUGCCCUCGGAAGAUUUGACCAAAAUGGACUGUGGCCACUGCUUUUGCAACUCUUGCUGGACAGAACAUUUCAUAGUCAAGAUAAAUGAGGGCCAAAGCAAGAGGAUCAAGUGCAUGGCUCACAAAUGCAACGCCAUAUGCGAUGAAGCCAUCGUCCGAAAGCUAGUCAGUGUGGACCACCCUGAUUUAGCAGAGAAGUUCGAAAGGUUUCUUAUCGAGUCGUACAUCGAGGACAACCGCAUGGUCAAGUGGUGCCCAAGUGUGCCCCACUGUGGGAAUGCAAUACGCGUGGAGAAUGAAGAGAUGUGUGAGGUGGAGUGCUCUUGCGGCCUGCAGUUCUGUUUCAGUUGCCUGUCAGAGGCCCAUUCCCCCUGCUCGUGCUCAAUGUGGGAGCUUUGGGCGAAAAAAUGCCGUGACGAGUCCGAAACAGUGAAUUGGAUGACGGUGCACACCAAACCUUGUCCCAAGUGUCACAAGCCAGUCGAGAAGAACGGCGGUUGCAACCUUGUCAGUUGCAUUUGCGGGCAAGCAUUUUGUUGGCUUUGCGGUGGGGCUACCGGUCGAGGGCAUACGUGGUCCCAAAUUGAUAAUCACAGUUGUGGUCGCUAUAAGGAAGACAACGAGAAGAAGGCCGAGCGUGCAAAACGGGAUCUUUAUCGGUACAUGCACUAUCACAACCGUUACAAAGCUCAUAUGGACUCCUCCAAGCAGGAAUCCAGGCUAAGGGAGACGAUAAAGGAAAAGGUGUCUCAUCUGGAGGCUCGGGACUCAAACUUGAGGGAUUUCAGCUGGGUCACAAACGGGCUCUACAGGCUCUUCAGAUCUAGACGGGCCCUUUCAUAUUCAUACCCUUUCGCGUUCUACAUGUUUGGAGGUGACCUGUUUAGAGGCGAGAUGACAAAAGAGGAGUGCGAGAUAAAGCAGAACUUGUUUGAGGACCAGCAGCAGCAGCUCGAGUCGAACGUCGAGAAGCUGUCCAAAUUUUUCGAGGAGCCGUUUGAUGAGUAUCCCGAUGAACAAGUCAUGCAAAUAAGGAUGCAGGUUAUUAAUCUCUCUGUGAUCAUUGAUGACCUCUGCAAAAAGAUGUAUGACUGUAUCGAGGACGACUUAUUGGGAUCACUCCAAUUUACAAUUCACAAUAUAGCUCCUUACAAUUCAAAAGGGAUUGAGAAGGCAGAGGAACUGAAUGUUGAACUGGGUGGUGAAUCGUACGUGAAGAAUGAAUGUCAAACGGCUGCUGAUCAGUCUGCCGGCCUGAUAGAACUUGGGCAAUCAUCGGCAUCUGUGACUUGGGCUGAUAGCCAUAAAUCUUCUCGCAAGCGUCCUAGAAAAGAAAGCAACACAGAUAGUGUGUUUGAUCUCAACUUGCCAGCCAAGUAA